AUGCCGGCCGAUGAGACCGCGCUGAGUUUGUUGGAGCCGCCCGCGAAACGCUUCGCAGUCACGGCUCGCAGCGACAAUGUGAUUGAGCUGACCAUGGUCAAAGCCAAAGGAACACACGGUGGCGUGAACUUUUCCCACGUGGAGGAUUUGCUCGUUCUUCACGACCUCGGCGUGGAGGAGCUCUAUGAGUGGAACAACCGACUGCCCGCUGAGCCUGUAGUAAGAGCCAUGGACCGGGUCCUCGCAGUGAACGACGAAAGUGGACGUGCUGAGGAGAUGCUUGCCAAGUUCGUGGAGGGGGAGGAAGUGAAGCUCACCUUGCAGCACGCAAGGCACUUCUCCCUGAACUUGAAGAGGAAUGGCCAGCCCCUGGGCCUCGAGGUCCAGGCGGUGGAGAAUUUGGGGGUGGUCAUCCUCAACGUGAAGGAGGGCAUCAUGGAGGACUACAACAAGACCGGAGCAGGCACUGCCAUCGAGGCAUACUCCUGCAUCUAUGCCGUGGAUGGCAAGGAAUACAGCAGCCGGCGCCCAAAAGAAGGAACCAAGUGA